AGCGACAGUCCGGAUUGGUCGCACGAGGGUCGUACGAUCGUUUAUAAUUUUCCGUCUACUGCGUUUUGACAUAUCGUGUGAUCGUUCCGCAAAAUCAACGGCUCGUGAGCUUUUCUUCAGCGUGAUCGCGAAAGUUUGAGGUCGACAACGGCAAUGGCAGAUUCGAGCGGCUGGGCAUCAGCUCAGGAGAAUGACUUUCCCAAUUUUCAAUCGAAUGACAGUUUCAAUUUGAACGAAGUCACUGGCAUCGAUGAUCUUCUGACGAAUUGCGAGAAUGAAUUGCUGAAGAAUGAGCUUUUCAGCGAUGAGGCUUUACUUUCCGAAUUGGAUGAGCCAAUGCCAGUUGAUGGAGACACAUUUAACUUCUUAAGUAUCAAUAAUGAUGAGUUUAAAGACUUCAAAGAUCCAGCAAUUCUUGAACCAUCAAAUGUUAUGGUGACACAACAGACUGAUAGCACUACACCUGUUGCUUAUAUUCAGCAGGACAUUACGUCAGUGCCACAGAAUAGACCACAGAGAAUAGUAGCUUCAACAAAGCCUACAGUAUUCAGCUCACAGUAUACUAUACCACAAAAUGUGAAUUUUAAUGUACAGUCGCCAAACGUUGUAACCUUAGCUCCUGUUACUCAACAGCGACAACUACUUCUUCCAGCCAAAUUAAUUAAGUCAGAAUCUCUCGUGUAUUCAAAGGGUGGACAAACCAUCACAUCAACUUCUGUUCCACAUCAAAUACAUACUCUUGUGAAUACUACAAAUGGAACAGUGUUAACUACUGAGAUACCUGUAGUAUUGGACACUGACAAGGUACAAAUUAAUCGUCUAAACACAGGUACACAUGUGAGUGUACCGAGAGUGAGAGAAGUGAAACGCAGUGCCCACAAUGCUAUUGAGCGUCGUUACAAGAUAUCGAUCAAUGAUAAGAUAAUUGAAUUGAAAAAUUUUGUAGUCGGAAUUGACGCCAAGCUGAACAAGUCGGCAAUUUUACGAAAAAUCGACUACAUUAAGCAUCUGCAGAAUUACGGUGCAAAAUUAAAGGCCGAAAAUAUGGCGUUGAAAAUGUCUGCACAACGGCACAAUCUUCGUGAUUUGUACCAACAAAUCCAGAGCUGUGGAGAGUUGACACCUCCACGCUCCGAUUCGAGCGAACCAUCUUUGUCACCUGCACCUGCGCCGCCGUCACCACCAUCCCCAUCGUCGGUAAAGGACGUUCCAGAUGCGUUGCACAAUUUACACCUUGUAUCAACUUCGUCUAUUGGAGGCAUGAAAGAUCACAUUCGACUGACAUUGUGCGGAUUCAUGCUAUUAUUUUUAGCAUUCAAUCAUCUUGGUAUCCUUAUGAACAAUAUUGGAAGAUUCAAUUAUGAUUAUGUGAAUACGAAACUGGAUGGACGAACGAUACUCAAUUAUCUAGAUCAACUAGAAUCGGAUAAGCAACCGUGGAGCAAUGUUGUUCUUUGGUUUACCAAUCUAAUACUCUUGGCAAUUUGUCUUUACAAACUGUUACUUUAUGGUGAUCCUAUUUUGCCUACCGACAGCAAAGUUUUUCUCGCAACCACGUGGCAAAUAGUGCGGCAGACUCUUCACAAAUUAUGGCUGGGUAGAUGGGUUAUGCACAUUAGCAAAUGGUUGUCGGAGAAAUCAGAACGGCAACAGGCGGAGACAUCUGCCGUGGAAAUUGCUAUCGUUUACCAGCAUAUGCUCUGUCUUCGUAUGUCUGAAAGAACUAAAGAUUCAACAUUAUAUCUUAUUCUUUGCGCCGUCAAUUACGCGGAAACUGCUGGCGAGAGUAUGCCAAAACCACUUUUGGCAGAGAUCUAUAUGAAUGCACUGUGUCUGAAAGAGUCCUUUUUUCCAUACAUACACAAAUAUUAUCUGGGUAAAGCACGCAUAUUGCUAUCCUCUUGCACCGUUCCCCCGAAAUUGAAAUGGAUCAUGACCGACGAAGGCGCUAAAUUCUUGGCAUCUCAAAAGUGGCAGUAUAAGAAACAAUCUGACAGCGAAUUCACAUCACAGAAUAAUCGAGCGGAUCCAUUGUCAUACGCGGCUCGUGCGUACAGGCAUCAUCUGAUCGAACAGUGUCUACGUUUAUUGACUGGCACGGUUGGAGAAUGUCAUGCAUCCUCUGUACUUGAAUUAGGACGAAUGAUUAUGGCUUCUGCGGAAGUGGAAGCCUGUUUCCCAUGUACCGAUAAAAUUAGUGUAGCAAGUACGAAAGAUGAGAUUGGAUUAUGGUGGGGAGCUGUAAUCUGCGCUGCCGCGAGUUGGAGAUUAGGAGAGGAGGAUUCAAAGGCAUGGAGUAUUGUGGAAAGUAAAUUUCCCUAGAGAAACUUCCAAGUUGGUGACAAUAGUAGUAACAGCCCAUUACCCCAUGCUGUUCUUAAUGUUCUUCAGGUGGCAAAAAAUCCUACAAAGUUAGUUUCUAUGCGUUUCAUUGAUCAGGCGGGAUUACUACUCGAGCAAUCCAUGGUGUAUUAUCAUUGCAAAGAGCAAUCUUCACAAUAA